AUGAUGGCCGGAUUGCGUCAGCCUGGCGGCCGCGAAUCGCAACCUUCCAGACGGCAAGGGCGCUUUCGCGUGAGCUACAAUCCGGACGAGGUCUACGAUCCAAUGUUCCCCAACGACUAUGAGCGCCUGUCUAAUGAGGAGGCUCAGCGCGCGCGCCAGCCGCCAUCUCGUGUGGAGCUGAAGUUUGCCAACGUGGAGCCUGUGAAGUUAUCUGCCGAAGAAGCACAUGCACGUCGUCUGAAGUUGCUUGAAGAGGCUGAGCGCGGUGAGAGCAGCGGAGCUCCGCCCCAACCUUCCUCCCAAGGUCCCAAGGACAUCGGCUUACGCAUAAUGCAAAAACUUGGUUGGACCGAGGGCAAGGGUUUGGGUGCGAAAGAACAGGGUAUAGUAGCACCUCUGGUAGGGAAAAACGUGGGAAAGCACGUCGGUGUUAUAGUUCAAGCUGCAGCCCCGGCAAUAAAGCGUAGCACUGCGGUUUCCGCCACUGCGAGGAACUCUCGCGCAACCGAAUCAAGCUCCAAGGGAGAUGAUGCCGGGAGUGUUCAAGAAGUAGAGACUUCGAUUCCAGUACAAGCUUUGAAAAGUCGGAUUCUAAAGCUGGAAGGCACGGAAUGCCCCAAGACCGUUGAGGAGGUGCAAGAGGACUUCGAGGAAUCAAUGUGCCAGUUCGGUUCUCUGAUGAACGUACUGGUGCAAAGCGACGGUGUUGGUUCGCAGUUUACAGUGUACUGUGAAUUCGAGGACACCAGCCAGGCAGUGGAUGCUAGCAGAAAUCUGCAGCAGGCCAUUAACGGGUACAAUGUUGUGCCUUCUUUCGUCACCGAAGACGAAUAUACGGCCCUAUAG